AUGGGAGAUUCUCGCGACAAGUUGAAGCACUUGGUUCCAGGUAAGUUGGUCACUGAACACACACAGACUUGCAAGCGAGGAGUGCACAAGUGCAGCUUGUGCGCCGUGCAGCAGUCAUGGUCACUUUACAAAAAACCAUGGCUGAGAGUGCUUCUGGUCGAUGGAGAAUCCAAGCUCGGCUGCAGCUUAUGCGCGAAAGCCGGUCUGGAGGGCCCAUGGGCCAACUUUGAACAACUUCCGACUUCUGUGUUGAAGAAACACAACUUGGAGAGGCAUGAGAAGUCCAAGGGACACAUGACAGCAAGCCAAGAUGAUCUUUGCAGAGCCCCUAGCGACGAGGCUUUUAAGUCAAGUUUGCAGGGUAUGACGCAAGGACAAUCUGCGAGACAAGGUGGCGGAUCGUCCGAUAAAAAAACUCAAGUGCGGUAUGCCCUCUCGGAAGCAGUUUGUGCUCGCAACAGGACUUUGCUGGCUGAGUCUCGCUGCAUCUCAUUGAUGAGAGAUGAACGCAAAGGAAAUCUUCUUGUGCGCUUCCGCGCUGUUCUACCGGACCUAACCACCAUCAGUGGCGCGCUUGGCUUGCAGCCUGUGACAGGUUCUGCUGAGUCCAUAGCUGAAGCAACUGCUGAAAUCAUGCAGCACUUCUGCCAACCGAUGCGGCAGCCUCCCAGACAAGCUAAGGAAAGCGAGCAGCCGGUCGACUCUGAACUUCUACGGAAGAUUCAGGACAGGGUCACCAUGGUGGCCAGUGACGCUGCUGCCUCCGAACUUUUAGCAGGUGACUUAGAGAGAGGGCGCCGUAGGGCCGCGACCGACUUUCAAUCCAAAUUUACAAAUUGCAAGAUCGUCGGCAGAGAUGCGGCGCAUGCAUCGACCCGUCUCUUGAAGAGACCAUUCCUUGCAUUGGAACCUGUCAAAAGUUUGACAAACGAAUGGAUCCAUGGGUCCGAAAGCUUCGCUCAGAAGGUGCACCACAGCCACAUCCUCAGCCAAUGGUGGGCCAAGGCCGUCCAAUGCACAGAGGACUCCGACUUGACUGGAAACCUUUGCACCUCCAUGUCUGCGGCGAAGCACAGGUUCUCGUCGUACUUGAAUCCUCUCAGCCGGAUAAUUCGGAAUUUGCAAGCAGCUUUCAAUGUGUGCGGCAGGGUCCAAGCCAUGCGAGGUGCUGAGGCAACUUGGGCAACCAAGCUUUGCCAAAAUUUCAGUUCGUUCAAAGCAGCUUUGCUUGCAAUGAUUACCGACGCUGCAGCUAUCAGCAACGACUACACAAGGGAAUGCGACCGUGAAGACAUUGAUGUUGCUGAUUUGAAUUUACGAGCCAGCCACUUUGUCCUCUCGGCAAGGUCUCUCUUCGUUGACCGGAAGGUGUUGACACUACCCACUUUCACGAAACAAUUCUUAGAUAGAAGAAUUCCCGUGACCAUUCUUCAGGAUGGGUUUGCGUUGGACAUCCAAGAAUGGGUGUCUCUCGUGGAGGAAGUCGUCGUGCAUGAGUUUCCGAGUUGGCACUUGGCGGCGGCAUUUCAAGUUUUUCAUUUGUCUGACUGCGUAAGAGGCCGUGACUGCAGUGCGGAUGUUUUACGGAACUUGGAGAGGCUGGCUCAAGUGUAUUCGGUACCUUUUGAGGCACUGAAGCAAGAGUAUGCCCGCUUGCUGCCCAUUGCUGCAGCUUUGAAGAAGCAAGCAGGCUUGAGUAACAGAGAAGCAUGGAGGGAAGCCCUUCAACGCACAAGCAGUCGGAAAGGUGCCCAGGGAAGGAAGUAUGAGGCCACGGCCCUGAUACAAGUCAUGGCAGCUUAUCAAUGUUGGACCGCAGCCACAAGUGGAGUGGAGCAACAAUUCUCGAAGCUCAAGAGAAGCCCUGUGGAACUUUCCAACGCUUCUGUGGACACAGACCGUCGCCUUGCGAUUGUCAUGGGCGAUGGGCAGGCCAGGAGCCCAGCAGUGCAACCUGAAGUGAUAAAAGCCGCUCGACGAAUCUACGCUUCCCUACUGUCCAGUGGAAGGUCCCGGCCGCGGACAAAACCAAGGUUCGAUUGUGGUGUGAAAGGCAAAGAGAAGACCGGAUCUUUUGCCGACUGGAACCGCACAAGAAAGAAAGCAUUGCUGGAAGCAGUGCAAAAAUGCGAAACACCUCCUCGGAAACCUUCCGAGCUGUUGACAGAAUCUUCCCAGAAGGAAAGAAAUUUCCAGAGAAAACAGGGUUUGAAACGAAAGGCUGAGGCUCUGGCAGAUGGCUGCUUGUUGCCGGAUGAGGUCACCCAAGAGGUUCAGGAAGAGGCCUUGCGACUGACCAAAGCAAACCGACAAGGUCUCAGUGGCCCAGCGUGGUGUUGCUCCAAGAUGGAAGGCGGCAAGGCGCAAGCAGUGUCUCAAUCUUUGACGGCACAUGGGGUUGCGACGAGAACUCAGGACCUGCGGCAAGCCAAGCUCUUCGUGGUCUCAAACUUCGUUAGGGUGCAAAGAAAAGUGCGUUUCAUGGCUGCUCUGAGUGGAUCCGUCUUGAUGUCAGCCUCUGCUUUGCUUGGAGCAGGAGGUGUGAAGUUGACGUUUCACCCGGGUCAGGAGAUACAAGUUGCAAUCUUCGUGACUGACACUUUCAAGGCCGAAGAGCCAGGAAUGACUGUACUGCUACGUGAGGCAUGUGCCCGUGGGUGGCAGGCAGUGAGGGCGGAAGAUUUGAAAGGCCGCGGGCGAAAGCCCAGUCUCCAUCUCAGGGGUGCGGGGGAGGCCAUCUGGUUUCAACAAAACCAGGGUCAAGUGUUUUACUGUCACCGAAUUUUUGCAUUGGCUCACGGCAACUUGUCUCAACAAGACGGCAAGCUCCCGUGUGAAGAUAGCAGCUGCUUGAGAACGAUCCUGCAACAGGGGAGAAUCACGGAUCGAUCCUUCGACUUCAUGAACAGAUUGGCCCGUGGCCUCGCGCAAGACCUACCCCAGCCGGUGCUUCAGCCUGACAUCACUGAGGGGUCACAAGGAAAGAAGCCUGCGGGCGAUUCAGGCAAGUCGAGCCCGUCUUCCGGCAAAGCGCCUCCUCUCAAGAGCCAUGGUCCAAAACGGACACUUCAGAAGAAAGUUGUCGUAGUCAGCAAGGAGGUGCUGCGCUCGCAACUGGAGCGGGUUAACGCCUUAGCGUCAAACUGGCUCACUCGAUUGGGCAGGCACAAGGCUUCAAAGAAACAGAGAGUGAUUCACACUGCAUCAGACUGUUCGGGCCACGGCUCGGACCUGAUAGCAUACAGGCUUCUGGGGCUGCAAAGCCAAGUGCAGCCCGUCAUGAUGUCAGAGGUCAGCCGACAGAAGGUGUUGUUGCACCAAGCUGUCGCCCAAGAAUGUGGCUGGAACUACGACGACCACCAGGUCAUUGACAUGUUUCUACGGAAAGAAGAAAGCAUGAAAACAGCCGACGUUUACGUCGCAGGCUAUCCGUGCCCGUCGUACUCCAAGUUAGGAAAACGCCAAGGCGCCUCUGACCAGCGGGGUCUUUUGACCCUGAAAGGGUUGGAAUAUGUGGCUUUGUGCAGACCCAAGGUGGUCGUGUUGGAACAAGUCAAAGCCAUACUCGAGAAGAAGCAUUCGCAAAUUUGGAAUUACAUUCUCAAAAUUUUGAACAAGCUCGACUAUGUGUUCGACCACCAAGUCUUGAGUACCCAGGACUUCGCCAUACCGCAAUCGCGCUCCCGAGUCUACAUACUCGCGGUGGCCAAGGAGAUUUGCGCUGGAACAGUGAAGUUACCGGAGAAGCGGUCAGAGAAGGUUGACUUGCACCAUUUCAUCCAAAAGGACAAGAGCGGCUCCGAGGUGUUGCAGCUACCGAGGUACGAAGAACUUUUAGGUAGCAAGAUGUGGCGUAAGGGAUAUAUUCUCGACGUAGGAUCUUCGGAAAAAUUUCAAGCAGCGAUGACAAACUGCGCACCGUGCUUGACGCACACGCGCUUGGGACAAGGAGGAUAUUAUAUCCCAAAACUGAGGCGGCGCUUGCUGCUUGAGGAAGCUGGUGCAUUACAAGGAGUUCCAAAGAAAGUUGUCAGAGCCAUGCAAAGGGCAGCUGAGGAACACAAGCUUCCUGCGCGCACAGUGGAUGCCAGCCUUGGCGAUGCAAUGAGCAUCAAUGUCCUGGCAAGUGUGUUGAUGAAAGGCUUGACACACUCUCGCUUAGUUCAAUUCAGUGCACAGGAAGAUCAUUGGAGAUUAGUUGCUAAUGGUCCGGACGCUGCAACGCUGAGUGACCGUUUGUUCGACGGAACAGCUGAAAUGAAUGAGCUCGCUGAAAGGGUUAAGAAAGGAGAGGAAGAAGCGGUGGUGAAGAAGGAGCUUCAGACCAAGAAGGCUGUGGCCUGCGAAGAGCGUAAGAAGUCCGCUGCGGCGAUUUCUGCCAAGCCUGAAUCCACGGGUCCCAAGGCAAGCAAAAAGACUUCGUCGUCGGCUGCAACUCAGUCAGCCACGGCUGCUGCGACUCCAGACCCAACGAAUGCUGGCUACUAUGCUCUGGUAGAGGCGGACCUCCAGACAAUUUUGCAGGAGUUCCCAGGCAUUGACCAGGAAAUGCCUUUGCCGCUCUCCAAGUCUGAGUUGGACGGAUCCAAGACUGGGGUUCAAGAGCCCUUUGACUUGGAGUCGGCUCGGCAUGCACAUGGGAUUCAUAGAGUUUUUCGUUGCAGCAUUUCCUUGUUCUGGGUUCAGAUCCUGGCGUCGCCCACGCCGGGAAUUCCAAUGAGCCGGAGGAGAGUUCUCGACAUGGGAGAGUUUUACUUCCCGAACGGAAAACCAGCUUUCAUGACAGGCCGUAUGGUGGAGCUUCUGGCCGACAAGCCGGCUCUGAGCGCCAAACCCCAGAACCUUCAGAUGCUGUCGCCAGAAGAGAUUGUGCAUUCGCUGGUGGCUUCCUGCGCUCACGCUGUUCGGCGCAAGGAUGAGCUCUCCGAGGACCAAUGGAAGGAAUGGAAAGCACAGUGGCGUGCUGUGUUGCUGAGCGUGCCGGCUUCUUUUGUGGAGACACAGGACCCUUUGCAAGGCCACAAUGUGUGGGUCGAGGCAUUCAAUCGGAGACAAGCGGUGAAGCAAGAGCAUGAGUCCAUGAGCAGGACAGCAAUGCAGAUUGCUGUGGAAAUUGACCAGUUCAAGACUAUGUGCGAAAGUUUGCCCAGCUGUAAAUCAAAAUUGCAGCCGGCGCAGCUGGUACAGGAGCUUCACACACUUGGCCUGCUGUCCGUGCAGGGCGGCCGCAAGGAGGAUGACAGCGAUGGCAGAAUCACCGUCAACUUGGUGACGCAAGCUCUGGCUGUCAAACAGGGCAUUCUCAGCUCAGCGCGGGCAGUUGAACUUUUGCUGGAGCUGGAACAGUUAUACGGGACGCGUUCUCCCUUCCACCAGAUGAGUCGGCUUCACGUUCUUUCGACCAAGCCGAGCACAAAUCAGAUGCGAGACUGGGUGCUGGAGAGCUUGCAUGAUGGCCUGGCCUACGACGUCUUGCAAAUAGUCUUGGACCACUUCUUCGAAGUGCUGCUUCCGAAGAGCGGUAUGGCAGAGGGUGACAGGGCUUUGCUGAAGGAGAAGCUGUCUGCCCAUGAGGUGUACCGGCAACAUUCAGGCGACGGAGAUUGUACCUGGAUGGCGCGGCUUAAGAAGUCCGGCAUUGACUGCUUUCACUUGCUGGAGGACCUGACUUACACCAAGAAGUAUGACAACGGCCUGCGACAAGCCACGAGGUCCGGGGGAGCUCCAGAGGCAGUUCUGGAGCACGAACAGGUGAAAGAACAGGUGAACCAGUUCCUCGCCACCUUGAAGGACGAAGAAGUUGAAGUAAAAGCUUUGGCUGCAGGGGCAGCCGCAAACGCUGCAGACCCGGACCAGGCAGAGGACGAGCUUCAAGAGGUGCGAAAGCCGCCCAGCCAACACUCUGAAGGGUCUGAGAAAUAUUGGAAAGCGGUUGGCAACCAAACUGUUCGCACUUACUGCUCUCUCCAUGUGCAGCCUAAGACCUUGGACGGCAUCAUCAGUUUGGUGAGCCAAAGUGGUUUGAAAGACUUCCAAGGAGAGGGAGGUGUCAGCUGCGUUCUGACUCAUCUUGACUUAGACGCACUGGGAGAAUCCAUGGGCCCAGGUCAGAGACCACUUCUCCGAAAGCGCUUUGUUCCCGACCAGUCAGCCCUCAGAAUCUUGUUGCAUGGUUCGAUGAUUGCAAGAAACGGCCAGCGCAAAGGGGACGAGUGCAUGGUUCCGUCAGAGGGUGAACUGGUUUUCGUGCACUGUGGCAUGGAACGUUCCAGCAAAGAAGCAGAAGCCUUGUUCCGACCGGCUGCGGCCAGAAAGGAUCAAGCCAUCGAAGCGGAAAUGAAAGAUGUUCUCCUGGUCUUUUCUGACACCUCCAUUCGGGACCGCAAGCAAAGGGUUCGAGGAGCUUACACCUCCAGGUCCACCGCCUGUCUCUUCUCCGGAGCUCCAGUGUCAACCAUGGUCCCGGAGAAGCCAUACACUGACUUCUCAGGGCACAACUUGGGAGAUGUCUUUGGCACCAUUUCCGCCUUGCAGGCAGAGGACCUUUGGAAAGAAAAGGAGGAGGUGCUCACCACAGGCAGGUGCGUGUCGCCGACUGACGCCGCUAUGAACAAAGCCAAGGAGGCCUCCAGCGAAAGCGUCUUCAGUGCAGCUUUGUUGCCCUGCUCUUUCUACAGAAGUUUUCUCAAAGCCCACUCUGUGAAAGCUGUGUUGGACCUCAGCACUUCUCAGGGAGAGUUGGCAAAGGCCUGUGUGGCCGAGCGUGUCAGCUACCUCGGGCUGACGCUGUCUGACUCACAUUCCACUCAUAUGAAAUUAAAAAAACCAACUUUGUCGUCACUCUGA